UCUCAUAACUUCCAACUUGCCAGUUUCCAUUUGACAAGUAGUAAAAGGGACUUGGUGUGCUUUUUUGUCUACGAAGAUGUUUGGAGAUAUAUCCAAAGCAGUGGUGAAGCAGCUGGGCACUAAGGACCUCAUCUGCAAUGAAGAUCUCAUCCAGGAUAUUAAGAUGCUGACUCUGGUCCAACCCAAAAGGAACAAACUCGGCAUCACUAAGUACAUGAUGAAAGAUAAAACACUGCUCGACCUGCUGGAGGAGCCACACUUUACCCCAGAUGUUACAGAGGAGGUUCUGGUGGAGGAUUUUAAGAUCCAGAGACGGAAAGGUGGCGAAGGCUCUGUAGCAGCAGGAGUUCAUGAUGCAGCUCAAAUGAAAAUGAAUGCAUCGAUGGACACUGUGGACGGAGUGAAGGAGGGCUUCACUCUGAAGAGAAAGACAGUGGACACCAAUGAGUUGGAGGAAAUGGAAGACAAGAAGAUAAAGAUGAAGAUGGUGGACAGGUUUAACCUACAGAAAGAGAAGCUGACUUGUGUUUACCAGACGGUCUACACCACCACUCCUCUCACAUUUUAUUCAGAAGCUACAAAGAGCGGUUUACUGUCGGGAAUGUGCAGUAAAAUAUUCCAUGUGUCGAUGGCGAGAAACAAGAAGAAGGAGAUCAGCUAUAAAGCUCUCAAAGGCGCCACCUUCGCUUACGGCCUGAUGGAGAUCAAGACAGCGGGAAGUCCUCUGCGAAUCACAGAAUUUAAACGUUAUGAGAAAGGAUGGAACAUCAGUUUCGACGGAGAUGGAGACUCCUGUAAGACGCUGAAAAAACUGAAGGAAGAAAUAUCAGCAAAGGCACGUCUUCUGCAGCCGCUGCAAACACUUCCUCAGUCGAGCCGUUGUAAUCUGCUGAAAGCUCUCAGUGAGAUCGUGCAUGACAGAGAUGCUCUCACGCUGCUGGAGGAAACAUUGGAUGAAGAAAUGACUGAGUGUCCACAGUCUCAGAGUGUCUCUUCAUUCAUGGAUCUUCUUCGUGAAGCCUCCUCCAGACAGAGAGAUGCUGUUCAUCUGCUGGUCACAGCCUUGGACAGUCUACCAGACGGUGCUGCUGCUCUUCUGACUGCCUGCAGUCCUGAAACACUGACAGUUCUCCAGCAGCUGGUGAGUUGUCUAAUGGAGGACGGUCAGGCCAGACUCCCAGAGUGUUUGCCCGUCUCCCUGCAGGAGGAAGGAGAGCUUCAUUGGGUGACUGAGCUUCUCUGUUCGACUGAUAAGAAGCUGACAGAGCUGAGAGAUCAGUGGGACAGACCAGAGUUCCCACCAGAGAUGCUGCUGCAGCUUCUGUGUCUUGUCGUGAAGGGACUCAGCCUGAUGCAGACUUAA